GUGCUAAGUCGAGGACAGCCAGCCUUGCUUUAGCCUAGAACCAGCCCCAAGCCCCGGAGGUGCACUGGCACUAGAGCAGAUUUUCCAGAGGCAGCAUGGACAUCAAGGAGUAUUUUGACAGAAUUUCUUACCGUGGCUCCUACAAUAAGCCAGACCUAGCUACCCUGUCAGAUAUAUUCCAGCACCACAUCCGAGCUGUCCCCUUUGAAAACCUCAGCCUCCACUGUGGAGAAAGAAUUGAGCUGAACCUGGAAGCAACCUACAACAAGAUAGUAAGGAAGAAUCGUGGGGGCUGGUGCAUGGAAAACAACCACCUUCUGUCAUGGGUCCUGAAAACACUUGGCUACGACGUCACCCUUCUGGGAGGAAGAGUUUUUUUCCCAGAGCUCGACGCCUAUGCAGAGGAAAUCGAUCAUCUGCUGAUACAAGUGAAGCUUGAUGGUAAAUCCUACAUUGUGGAUGGGGGGUUUGGGAUGCCCUACCAGCUGUGGCAGCCAAUGGAGCUGAUUUCAGGGACAGAUCAGCCUCAGACUCCUGGGGUCUUUCGUUUUCAGGAGGAGAAUGGGACCUGGUACCUUGAGAAGGUGAAAAGGAAGCAGUGGAUUGUCAACCAGAGCACCUCGACUUCCCAAAAUGUGGAAAAUGAAGUUCGCCGUCCGAUUUAUCUCUUCACCCUUCAGCCACGAGACAUUGAGGAGUUCAGGGGCUGCAAUGCUGAGCUGCAGACAGACCCUGACUCGCUCUUUGUCACCAAGUCCAUCUGCAGCCUGCAGACCGCCGACGGCAUCCGCGCACUGGUGGGGUGGAAACUCACCGAGAUGAAGUACAAUUACAGGGACAAUAUGGAUCUUGUGGAAAUCAGGAUCCUUGCAGAUGAAGAAAUAGAGAAAACACUGAAGGAGAAAUUCAAUAUAACACUAGACAAGAAAUUCGUACCUGUCAAUACGAGCAAGCUGUCUCUGUUCUAACUCACUGCCUGAAUUACAAUUCAAUUCAGUGGCAUUACAGGCAAUUCUUCCCUCUCUUUCUGACAAGCAUCCAAAGGUUAAUCUUUCUCUUUCCAUCUACACCAGUGUAGAGGCAGAACUUACUAGCAAGAAUCUGGAAAAUAAAUAGAUUUUCACAACUAUUCCUGCAUUUCUUUUUAGGUUGGGUACAAAUUAUUUCUGCCUAGCUCAAUCAAAUCAUUGCCCUUCUGUUUGUGCUUAGCAGGAAGCAGACUCAGCCCAUUCCCUACUCCUUUCAUCUCUUAAAAGCUUUUCUAAACACACCCAGUGUAGCUGGGCAGAAUGAUGGAGCUGUUUGUCUUUGUCUUUAUUACCUGGUGCUGCCACCUGGGGAAAAUCAUACCUGCCUCUUAAAUGAAUACUAUAUUAUUUUGGGAAUGUAAUAGCCAAAAAGCACAAAGACAUCCUGUGCUGAGUUUCUCCAGUUAAGCCAUAAACCUGUUCUUUUUGCUCUCACAUCCACAGCACGUGGCAGUCAGGCCAUCCCACACCUGUGCAAACUCACCAUGAGAGUACUUGAGGACAGGUUAUUUAUGACUUAGAACGGAUGAUAAGAAAUGUCAGUGACAAUUCUGUGUUGUUUCAGACUUUGAACAGCUCCUGUUCUCUUGGUGACAUAACCAAAGAGCAGCAUUUCUUUGAACUGAAAACAUCUCAGAGCAUUUUGUUUGCUUGCACUCAGCAGCAGACUGCUGGGAAUUCAGGUUCCUUUCAUCAGAUUCUACUCUGGGUGUUUUUGCACGUUAAUUAUUAUGCCUGAACCAAAACACAUGCACAGAAUUAUUUUUCUGAAACAUAUCUGUUCUACUGAGGAUGUGUUUGCAGUGAUACUAAUUAUAUUGAUAUAAGGAGAAAUGAUGAAUCUUAAUCACAUACCUAACGGGAAAGAUUUCGAGUAGGAGAAAUUACUCAAAUGUGACCACUUUGCCCUUUGAGAAGAUGCUUGAUGUUCCUUUAUGUACAAAUCUUGGAAGCAUUACAACUAUGCACUUAUAAUUAAGCAAAUUAUAUUAGUGAAUUAUAGUCAAAUAAAAAAAAUCAAGCACUGUGAACUAGAAUUAUUCAGUUGUUUUUUUC